AUGUCGUGCCUAGAGGAACUGGCUGCCCUGGCAAAUGAGAACCUGCUUGACUUCCUCCUGAAGGAUGAUGCUUCCUUCUCUGAAACCUUAGGGAAGGAGAAUGAUCAGCUGGAAGACUGGGACCUGUCAGACCUUCAGUGCCUGGACAACGACAUGGAUGAGUUCAUCAGCUCCCUGCUGAGCUCCUUUGGAGCUGAACCAGGCAUACUGGAGGGUCUGUUGCCUGAUUUCAGUGACAGCAUCAUUUCUGAGGAUCAGAAUCUGUCUCAUAUCCCUGACGACUUUUCUGGCAGCCCUCAGAGCUCAGACAUUGUGCAGGCUGAUCACAACUAUUCCCUCCACCAGGACCAGCCUGUGCUGGAAAGCAUGAGGUCUGGUAUGGCAGAAGGAGAUAUUUCUUCUGAUCUUGGGACAUGGAUGGGUUUGGAAGGUGCAAGCAAAGUACUGGAACAGAGCUCCAGUUUUCCCAUUGCUGAUGAUGUGGAUGCUGGACCCCAGCUUGUGCCUGAAGCCACUGUGCAGUCCAGCUUCCCAGAGCUGGUCCUGACAGAGGAGGAGAGGCAGCUCCUGGAGGAAGAAGGUGUUUCAUUACCAACCUGUCUGCCACUGACCGAAGCUGAAGAGAGACUUCUGAAGAAGGUGCGUCAGAAGAUCCAGAACAAACAGUCAGCCCAAGAUAGUCAUCCCAGGAAGAAGAUCUACCUGGAUGGCCUGGAAAGCAGGGUGGCAGACUGCACAGCUCAGAACCACAGACUGGAGAAGAAGGUGCAGCAGCUGCAGAAGAGAAACACGUCAUUGCUGAAGCAGUUGCGGACACUGCAGGCCGUGGUGAGGCAGUCCACCACCAAAACUACCACAGUAAAAACCUGCACCAUACUUGUGGUUCUGUCAUUCUGCCUUAUUCUCUCCCUCAGCAUCUGUUCGUUCGGGAACAGAGAGCCACAGCUGGAGCCCAGAGGACUGUCACAGCAGGCUGGUGAGCUUCCAAACCAAGUAGCACCUGAUGUGCAGGAGGAUGCUGCGCUGGAGGGGUUCAGCCCAAAGCCUGAGGAUCCCUUGCUGUCGUGUGGCCUCAGUCAAUCAUGGGAAGAGGAGCGGGGUCUGUCCAACCUUGAUCCCAGAUCUUUCAACAGCAACUCAUCCUCCAGCCCUCUGGCAUCAGCUGGCUCUGAGCUGGGCCCUCCCCAGCCUCAGGAGCAGUGCUCCCAGAGUGACCCUUUGCAAGCAGUGGUGCUGGCGGAAAGCCACGAGUCAGGA